GAACAGUAAGGGUGACCUGGCCACAUCAUGGAAUGCGUCGCAUAGUUUGACCACCAAUCGCCACACUGAGAUAGUAGCAUCGUUUGAGCGCAGUAUGAAUAAAAUUGAUCACCUUUUCAAGACCCCUUUCUACACAAAUAUUAGGGGAUUUGUGUCAAUCAAAUGCCUGAAACUCAUUGAUGCUGAACUGACAAGAAUGCGAGCCUGCGGCGGCAGAUGCGAUUGCUUAUUGAGAGAGACUCAUGGACUACCUUGCGGUUGUCAACUUGCAGAUUAUGAGAGGAUUCCGUACGAGGCCAUUCAUCCAUUCUGGAAGAGCCUAAGUUGGGAGCAUGUACCUGUUGCAGAUACUGGCAGCUCAGAUAUUUGCGGACUAAACCAUGGAGAGAUGCACCCAGAAGUUGAGGCACUGACACGUUAUUUCCAUUCUUUGGAUACUGGAGGGCAGAGUAUGGUAAGGAGGAAGCUUCAAGCGAUAUAUUGUCCUGAAAGGAGUACACUAUGUACUCCUGAGCUUCGGAUAAAGUCCAACCGCACUCCUAAGUUGAAAGAGAGCAAACAACCCAAGGGUCGAGCAAUAGGAUCAUUGACUCGUGAUCCUUCAGCGUUUGAACUUACAGACAAGAAGAUUAAAGAGGAAAAGAAGUCUUCACAACCAGCAAAGAGGAAGAAGCGUGUGAAGAAGUCUGAUACAAGCCAUUUCAUGUGUAACUUUCCAGUCUUUCUCCAUCCAUAUAUUGGCACAAUUACAGAUGUUGAGGAUGAUGGUAACUGUGGCUAUAGAUCCAUUGCUGCAUUAAUGGGGCAUUCCGCCGGUCAGGACGGUUGGCCUUGGGUUAGGGCUACAUUGAUACAAGAACUUGAGACCAAUGUGGUAAUGUAUAAUAGGAUGUGGGGCACAGAUGUUGUUUAUGGCUUACAUAAUCGUCUCACUCUUCCUAUUGGUGACCCGGCCACCCCUGACAAAUGGUUUCAACUGCCAGAGAUGGGAUACCUUGUUGCCACAAAGUACCAAUUGGUUCUCGUAUCCUUAUCCUCUAUGGGUUGUAACACAUACUUUCCACUGAUAGGAGCCGGCCCACGAGAUGAGCAUUCUGUUAUAGCUAUUGGACAUGUGAUAAAUCACUGGGUACAGCUCCAAUUAACUCCUGGACAUCCUAUGCCGACUAUUGCUCCCCAGUGGGAAUGGCACAGUGAUCUUGCCUCCAAAUACUGGCGCAACCUAUAUGGUCCAUGUUUAGGCAUGUAUGAUGCACAAUUCCAAGCUUGGCUUGGUGCUUUUAGUGGUCAUGCGGACUAUGUGGACAUCACCACAGAUUGAAUGUUCUUGUAUUGUGUAAUAUUAAUUUGUAAACUCUCUGUAAUUUGGUAGAAUGUGGCCCUUAUCACAGGUUGUUGUUAAUGAUGAAAAUCUAGACAUCAUCGUAGAUUGGCAGGUUCAUGCGUGUACUUUUGGU